CUUCCCACAAAAUUAGUACUUGUUUUCCCCAAAACAUCAUCAUCACCUCCAAUGAAUCUUUGACUUCAAUCUCCAUUUUGCUUUCACACCCACCAAUUUCUCAUUCAUAGAUUCGAUUCUGAUUUCUGCAAAAUCUUCCUCAUACAGAAAUCCUGUUUUUAGGGUUUUGGUUAAUCUCAUGGUGGGGGGUAUAUGUGUUGUGGAUUCACAUACUUCCCCAUGUUUGGGUCUCGAUUCACUCGCAUCAUCACAUGUGAAUCACACGAGUAAUGGGGAUUUGAAUCUGCAAAGGAAAUCAAUCAGCAAAAAACUGAGCUCCUCUUUCAUGGAUUCCAAGCUUCCAGCAAAAAGAAUUGCUUCCAAGAACCAGAAGAGGGUUAAAGGUUUUGUGAUUGUUAAUGAACUUGGUGGACAGUAUGAUGACAGUUUUCACGAUGUUAAAGCUCAAAUUUUCAAUCUUUUCACCUACAAAGCAGUAAGGACUGUUAUGAAUCAGCUUUACGAGAUGAAUCCAACGCAGUAUCGAUGGUUCUACGAUUUUGUUGCAACAAACAAGCCCAGUGAUGGAAAACGCUUCCUUCGGAUCCUCCAAAAGGAGAAACACGAUCUUGCAGAAAGAGUAAUGGUGACGCGCCUUCAUCUCUACGGAAAAUGGGUGAAGAAAUUGGAUCACGGUGAAAUGUAUAAGAAUCUAUCGGAUCAGAACUUGGAGUUGAUGCGUGAAAGGUUGAUGGAGACGGUGAUAUGGCCAUCAGAUGAUACAAAUACAGAGAAGAUCGGAUGAAGAGUUCUUUGAUCGAGUCUUUCAUCAAUCACUUAGAUAUGCAUGUGUCUUUUUCUUUAUCGGUUGUUGUCUAGGUAGAUUCGUGCUAUGAGAAUUUUAGCUGAUUUUUGGUCAGAAGUCCAUCGCAUUAUUUUCCACCAAGCAACAAGGAAGGUCUUUGCUUUCUAAA